UCAACUUCCUCAUAGACAGUAGAGCCGGUGAACUGUCUCACACUUCAACAUUGUACAGUUAGAGAUCUGAGUAGACUGCAGUGAAAAAGGAACGGGAAAAAUUGUACAGUAUAAUAAUCUGCCACUGGAGUAGCGAGCGGCAGAAAUUCUCAUCGUUUGAAUGUCUGGUGACACAGCGCGAGAGGUGGGCUUCGAUUGUCAAGUCGCAAAGGUGCAUUCAACAGCAGAUAUAACGUCGGGGAUGGAACAAGUCACAAUGAGCGACCGGUUCGACUGCGACAACUGCAAGGAGUCCCUAUACGGACGCAAGUACAUCCAGGCAGAUGGGGGAGAGGGGGACAACCCCUACUGCAUCCCCUGUUACGACAGCCUGUUCGCCAACACCUGCGACGAGUGCAAGGAGCUAAUCGGUCAUGAUGCCAGGGAGCUGUUCUACGAGGACAGGCACUACCACGAGCACUGUUUCCGUUGUUUCCGCUGUGACCGCUCGCUGGCGGACGAGCCCUUCACCAGCCAGGACGAGGCACUGCUGUGCAACGACUGCUACUGCAAUGAGUUCUCAUCCAAGUGUGUGGCCUGCGACAAGACCGUCAUGCCAGGCACGAGGAAGUUGGAGUACGGUGGCUCCACAUGGCACGAGGGAUGUUUCAUCUGCCACAGCUGUGAGCAGCCCAUCGGCUCCAAGUCCUUCAUCCCAGACAAGGAUGAACACUACUGCGUGUCCUGCUAUGAGGACAAGUUCACCCCGCGCUGCACCCGCUGCAAAAAGGCCCUGGCUAAAGGGGGCGUGACGUAUCGGGAUGAGCCGUGGCACAAGGAGUGCUUUGUGUGUACGGGCUGCAAGGUGCAGCUGGCAGGGCAGCACUUCACCUCGCGUGAAGACAACCCCUACUGCCUCAAGUGCUUCGGCAGCCUAUACUCCAAGAAGUGUGAGGCAUGCAGCAAGCCUAUCACAGGUUUUGGCGGGGGGAAGUACAUCUCGUUUGAGGAGCGCCAGUGGCACCAGCCCUGCUUCACCUGCACAGAGUGCUCGGUUUCUCUGGUGGGGGCGGGCUUCUUCCCCAAUGGAGACCAGAUCCUGUGUCGCGACUGCAACACCAAUAGCAAUCUAUAGACCAAACACAGACACCGUAUCGCCCCUCUCCUCACACACGCCCACCUAGGUCAACCCCAGGGCCCCCCAUCACUGCCAAGGUUGUUAACACAGACCCAUAGACUGCCUCUCAGGUCAUGCCAACACACACAACUUGCUCACUAGACCACAGCUCGAUCCCUCAUCCUCCCCCAGAGCUUUCUGCUGCUUGCUGUCAAAUACCAGAGCUAAGCAUCAGGCUACUGAAGCACAGUCACAGACAAAAAUCAGCCAGACUAAGGUUGAUCUAACUUGGCAGAGGCACGUUUUCAUUGUUUUCAUUGCCAAAUAGACCUACUUUUCCUUCACCUGUAUGUAUGAGUGACUUUUAGGUCAGAUUAUGUUUGGUUUAACAGUCUAAAAAGUCUUAUCUUUGGACAGAACUGAACCGUUAUGAACGAUUAACUGAUUAGUGGUGUCAUUUAAUGGAUUGCCAAUGAUCUACCAACCAAAAUAAUGAUCUACCAAAGAAAUGUAAUAUCUGCCAUCAAAGAAUUAACUGGUAUGGGGGAAAACUAUGGAUCUGAAUUCACUGAAGAAUUGAAUUCCAGUGUCACUACUCCAAUGUGCUGUAUUAGAGGCUAUAGCAUUUUAAUAUGUGAGGAUAACAUUGACCAACAUGCAAAUUGUCCAUCGAACAUUGGUCGAAAUCAUACUAUUUUGAUGUAGUUGCUAUCUAGAGUGGAGAGGGGAGAUCCACUCCAAGGCUUUCCUUCUCCACAAUAAGUUGUGACUAUGUGAAAAAGUUAUGUGCCUUUAAAAAAUGCCAUACUUUAUAUAGUAUGUAUUAUCAAACCAAAGAAAAGAAAAAUGCUUACAGCUAUGCAUACUUUUUGCUAGAUUCUUGUAUGAACGCAUCACCACUAAUCUAUGAAAGCAACACUUUGUAAAGCAGCCACAGAACACUGAUAUUUACUACAUUGUAAAUAUGUUAUGCAAGUAAAAUAUGUUUGAGUGAUUCAAUGCUGAUAAUUGCAGUUUUGUGCAUGACUGUUCUCCUGUGUCAAUUAGGUUUCAAAGCAGUAUUUGCUGUCAUGCUUUAGUUGUUACUUAACCUGUAGCCGUAUCAUAAUUAUUUGAAGAGAAUAUUAUGUCGCAGUGGUUUGUUUAUGCGGUUGUCAAACACUGCUCUAGAAAGUGAACGUCCUUUAUAGUAUACCAAAGAAUAGGUCCAAUAGAUGAAGAAAAAUAUAGAAAUUGAGAGAACGUGAAAAGAAAAGGCUUGUUGUGCUGGAGAAAACCAAUGAAGUCAGUUAAGACAUAAGCAAAACGUUGUCAUGUAUUUGCACUAUGGCUAAAAUAUUCCCUCGCUCCCAUAAUUUGUCAACAUGCAAACGCAACUCGAGCAUUUAUAUGUGGAGCAACACCUAAACCACUCUUUGCCUUUAAAUAACUAUUGUUUACUUUUUUUCCAUUGACACUUAUCUAUGAUAUUUUUAGUCAAGCAUAAUUCCUUUUUUUUCGCCUUUGUAUUUAAUCUUUCUGUUAUUAUCGCUGUUGUUUGAUAAGAAAUGGGCUAGUCCCAAAGAAGCUGAGCUGCAUUUCAUCAACUAAGUGGUAUGCAUGUCUUUGUCAUUACCACACAUGGGUUCAAAUACUAUUUGAAAUAAUUUCAAAUACUUUAGCUGGGCUUUAUUGAGCUUGCCUGGUGCAAUGGAACCAAUAGAAUAGUCUCAAAACUGCUAACCCCACCCAUUGGCACUUCAGGCAGUCUAAGGCAAAUGCUAAAAGUAUUUGAAAGAUUUCAAAUAGUAUUUGUUUGCCUAAAAAUUACAUUGAUUGUUGCUGUUGAGAUUGUCAGGUAUAGAAAAAAAAUAUUUAAAAAAAUAUUUUUAUUUCAUUAUUUUGAGCUUUGAUGCUGGCAAGUCAGAGUUGGCAAAUGUGCUUUUUAUGAUUCUAAAAAAAGAUGGAGAAGCACACCAUCGGUGUGAUGGAAGAGUUGAUUCAAAUCUGUUAAGUGUAUUCUGUUAAAUUGUUCAUUUGUAUGACCUGUUUUAUAAAAUGUAAUUAAAGAAAUCUUAAUUCAAA